GGGCCGCAGACCAGGGGGAUCAAUCAGUCGGCAUCCAGCAGCCGCAAGUGCGAAUUCAUUCAUUCAUCCGACAACAACAACAAAGACUAAUUGAAGAAAGCGACGACAACAAGAAUAGAAAAAUUUAAAGAAAAAAAAAAGAAAAAUAUUAAUCGCGAUACUUUAACACAUUAACAGCGAACCUGAUACCAGAAAGACGAUACGAAUAUUAAUAUAUAAUUAAUAUAGUUUAAUCGAUAUUAAUCAUAACUUUACGUUAGUGGCUUCAUUAAUUCCAUACUUUUCGCUUAGUGCUCUACCUUGUAACAUAGUUUCUGACACUUCGGAGAAAGAAGAGAAUAAACGCAAAAACUAAUAAUAAGGCCAUGUCGGCCACCAAUAGUUGCGAGGUGUCCCAAAUCCAGGAUGAGGACGUAUUGAGGCGCAUGUGGCAGGAAACGGAAGAUUUCGGAAGAAAGAAAGAGAUUCGAGCGCACAUGUAUAAAAUCCGUGAGGCUAGACUAAGGGAUUUUUAUAAUAACGGCGAAAUGAAUAAGGAGAUUCAGAGAACCAAUAGUUCUUCUGGUAUUGAAAGGAAGGGCACGAACACGCAUCACACCGAUUUGUUGGCCGAUCACAGCUUCUUAAGCUUGAAAUCGAAGGAGAUCAGGGAUUCGGAAUCUCCGACAAGAGAUGUUCAUUAUGGCAAAAUUUCCUCCAUUGGUGGUGGUGAUAAGGGAUGGACUGUAAAGGAGACCAAUGAAAGAAGCGCCGAUGGGAAGACGCACACAACUAGCAAGUUGGCCACUACCUCUGGAGUAGAUCAGAUCGAAGGAGGUGUCAGCCAAUAUGCCGCAAAGAACGAGCAGUUGGCUUCCGUUUACCGAGACGGAGAUGACAAGAACUUCACAAAGUCUGUAGGAGCUAGCAAUAAAAGCCAGAUUGUGCAAGAAGCGCACGGCGGCGAUGACAACAACAAGUUCUAUAGCAGCUCAAAAACGAGCAAAUCUUCUUCAAAAGUAGUCACUGAGCAUAAGUCAACUUCCGGCGAUGAUUUCGAUUCUGCUAUGCUUAAAGACCCUAAUACCAGAGUUUAUACGGAGACUAAAACUCUUCCUGAUGGUAGCACGGUCACCACAACUCGUUACGAGACUAUUGGAAGAACCUCGCAGAAUUUUAACACCUCUUCCUCAAGUUCUUCAUAUUCCACACAACAGAUGAACGAGCAUAAAACUUCAUCUAGCCACGAUGAAGGUGACAAUGUUAGAGUUAUUAGAUAUUCGCAGCAACCAUCUGAACGGUUCACCGAACAUGAGGAUUUCAGUUAUCAGCAUCCCUCAGAUAUUAAAUCAACAACGAAGAUUAUCAGAACCAGCGAAGACUAUCAGCAACCUUCAGAUAUUAAAUCAACCACGAAGAUUAUAAGAACCAGCGAAGAUUAUCAUCGGCCGAGUGUAAAUGAACAAACGACAACAUCAUCAUCAUCCACAACCCAACAAAAGGAUAAGCAUGAACACGUUCAAAGAUUUAACACUUCGUCCAUUCAUCAAACUAAGCAUCAUCACGAUGAACAUUACGAGUCAAAAAAUCACGAAGAUACGACAUUCCAAAAUACACUUAGAGAGAAUAAAUUCCAAACAAAUGUGGAGCACAUUGUUAGACCAACUCAAGAUGAAACAAUCUAUAAGGAACAAAUUGUUUAUAAAAAUGAACCUAAACAAAUACCGGUCAACAGACCACAGCCUGAAGAAGUAAAACACAUUUAUACAUCUGAACCAAGAGUAGUGCCAAUACAGAAACCUCAAGAAGAGCCUUUGUAUAAAUCUCAGCCGAGAGAAGAGCCAAUAUACCAGUCUCAGCCAAGAGACGAGCCGAUAUACAAAUCUCAACCUAAAGAAGAGCCGAUUCAGAAGAAGCAUCAAGAUACAAGAAGAGAAGAAGUAAUCGAUAUUAAAGUGGUGAGACAAGAUAAAAACUUCAACGACGACUUUAUCAAUGUCGAGAAGAAGCAUCUCAAAGACACAACAGAAACACCUAGAUAUAUACAACCCGAUCGCAGGGAGCCUAUUCGUCCUGCUACUUCAGAUUUUAAGAUUGGCACCACUGAAGGCCAAUAUGAUACCACCUACAGAUCCGAGUUCACCAACAAGAAGAUAAGUGUUGAGGUGAGUCCCACUCAUGAUGCGUUCGCACGUUCUUUGAGGUCGGUAACACCAGAUAGGGAUAGAAAGUCAGGCUCACCAAUGCGCGGUAGCACUAGAAGUCUUCGCACUAGUACCUCUUCAUUGAGGAGCAGCACUAGCCCUGAAAAGAACAGGCAUCCUGGACGUUAUUCUCCCGAUAGACGCACUAAAUCACCCACAAAAAAGAAUCAAGAUAAAUUUGCCAGCAAUGAGACCAUCACCAAGUACAGCACGGAUACUUUAACCAGGCGUAAAGAAACCCAAAAGAAAACGGUGCAAAGGUCGAGAAGCAACUCGCCCACUGAAACUGUCAGUACAGAUUUUGAAUACAGACCAGUGGGAUAUGAACAAGUCACUGAUUUGGAUGAUGAUUCGGACUCGGCAAAUCGUAAAUCCAAGAGAAUCACUGAACGCUCUCCAACUUCUCCAAUUAAACAGAGUCCUGCAAAGGACACUCCUCGUAGAAGCAGCUUAAAGACUACUCCUACAACGUCUGAAGACACUAAGAAAAUGCUUAGACGCACUGACACUUACGAGGAGAGAUGCCGACAAAUUCUAGGUAUCGCAGAGAAAAAGAAAAUUGAAAAGAAUAUAACGGAUAUUCUUUUCUCAGAUAAAGCUAGGUCAAAAUCUCCAGACAAGAAAAUAUCGUCAAGAAGGCCUUCCGAUACGAAAGUUGUGAGUCCUGAUAGAAAACCAAAUGAAACUCGAAAAAGUCCUGAGUCUCCUAUAAAGAAACAACCUGAGACUAGUGAAACUUCACCACAGAAGAGAAAAAAUUCGCACCCAGAAAAAUCUAGUCCCAAAAAAGAAUCCCAUAAAAUAAACGAAUUUCCAUCGCAGAUUCGAAGAAAUAUAGAAAAGGAACCGUUGGAACCGUAUCCGGAAUACAACAAACCAACGAAACAGGCACAUACAAUAAAUGAAUUUCCUUCGCAAACUCGAAGAACUCCCGAACGACAACCCUUGGAGGCAUAUCCAGAAAAAAAUAAACCAAAUAAGUAUACAACAACAGUUGGCGAGUUUCCAUCUCAGAUAAUAAGCAGUCCAGAAAAAGAACCGUUGGAACCUUACUCUGAAAGGAAAUCCCCGAAGAAAGAUUCACCUACUAUCAACGAGUUUCCUUCUCAGAUUCGGAAAACACCAGAAAGGGAACCAUUAGAGCCGUACCCGGAAAAGACAACACCAAGAAAAGAUGCUCCAACUAUAUGCGAAUUCCCGUCACAGAUUCGAAGAAGUGUCGAAAAGGAACCAUUAGAACCUUAUCCGGAAAAGAAAUCACCUAAGAAAAAUGCUCCAUCUAUUAAUGAGUUUCCGUCUCAGAUUCGUAAGACUCCUGAAAAGGAACCUUUAGAACCUUAUCCUGAAAAGAAAUCACCAAUUAAAGAUGCACCAAAUAUAUGCGAAUUCCCGUCCCAAAUUAGGAGAACCCCCGAAAAGGAACCAUUAGAACCUUAUUCAGAGAAGAUGUUUCCAAGAGAAAAUAGACCGACUAUUAAUGAGUUUCCAUCUCAAAUUCGAAAGACUACAGAAAUGGAACCAUUAGAACCAUAUCUAGAGAAAAAAACUCCAAGUAAAAAUGCUCCAACACUAUGCGAAUUCCCAUCCCAAAUUAGGAGGACUCACGAAAAAGAACCAAAUGAACCAUAUCCGGAAAAGAAAUCACCGACAAAAAAUGCUCCUUCCAUUAACGAGUUUCCCUCUCAAUAUCCAAAAAGUCCAGAAAGGGAACCAUUAGAACCAUAUAAGGACAAGGUAUCUCCAAAGAAAAAGUCUCCUUCGGUAAAUGAGUUUCCUUCGCAAAUUAGAAAAGCUCCAGAAAGAGAAUCAUUGGAGCCGUAUCCAGAAAAGAUAUCUCCAAGAAAAGAGGCUCCGACCAUUUGCGAAUUUCCGUCCCAAAUCCGAAAAAGUCCAGAAAGAGAACCAUUGGAACCAUACCCAGAAAAGAAGAGUCCCAAAAAGAGUUCUCUCUCCAUCAAUGAAUUUCCUUCUCAAAUUCGGAAGACACCGGAAAGAGAACCAUUGGAGCCAUAUCCAGAAAAGAAAACUCCAAGGAAAGAUGUGCCAUCAGUUUGCGAAUUUCCAUCACAAAUUAGAAGAACACCAGAUAGAGAACCAUUAGAACCAUAUACAGAGCGGUCUAGGCCGACAAAAGAGACUUCGAAGAUUAAUGAGUUUCCUUCCCAUAUUAGAAAAAGUCCUGAAAGAUCUCCUUUGGAUUCUUCUCCAGAAAAGACUUCACCCAAAAAGUAUACCACUAAAAUUGAUGAAUUUCCAUCUCAAAUUAGAAGAAGUCCAGAACGAGAACCUCUGGAACCUUAUCAAGAAAAGCAAAGUCCCAGGAAAGAUGUUUCUAAAUUUCCAUCUCAAAUUCCAAGAAGAAGUCCAGAAAGAGAACAAUAUCCAGAAAAUAAAACUCCGAUGAAGGAAAAUUUAUCAAUUUGUGAAUUUCCAUCGCAGAUCAGAAAAACUCCACAAAAGCAAUCAAUCGAAACAUAUCCAGAAAAGAAAAUUCCAAGAAAAGAAGCUCCAAGUGCCGUUGAACAUCUAUCACAUCCAAAAACAUCUACAAAAGAAGUUAUGUUUCAAACUCGAAAAGUCCAGGAAAAGAAACCAUCGAGACCUAUCCAAAAGCCAAUGCCAAAAACUAAAGCAUAUCCUGAGCUCACGUCACCAUCUAAAGUUCAACUAAGAAAAAAUAAAAUCCAGACCAUCGAAGAUCAAAUAAUCAAAACACAAAGAUCGAGCUUAGAGCUGAAACAAAAACAUAAGAAGCAGGAUGUGGAGGACGAGCUACUAGAGAAGACUACCAAGUACAUUGAGGGUAAGAGGGUACCUGUCGACGAACCACUUUUUGUUAAAAAGUUUAUUUCCAAAUUAGGCAGCGACGACGAGGAUGACAACAACGAGGAGACUUUAGAAGUACCCAGAAGAAGAUCACCUGAAAGGCCAUCUCCUGUCAAGAGAACAGAAGACGUUUACGUGGUCAACGAAAAAGUAGAUUUCGAAGUGAAGAAAUCCCCGGAGAGGUUAUCACCUGUUAGACAGAAGACUGUUAAAAAGGAUUUAUCUCGAAAAACACAGGAACAGUGUAUUAGAAGAGGGAAGGUAGACACUGAAAUCACAUUAACAAAAUCUACUACUUCCAAUAAGAAGAAAGAAGAUGUAAUUAAUAAAAGAGUGGAGAUUAAGAAAAUCAUCAAAGCACCAACACCAACUAGGCCCAAACCUACUACUGAAAGGGUUACAAUCACCAAGCAAGUACCGCAUAGGGUAACUAUCACUAAGCAAUUGCCUAAGAAGAAGGUUGAACCACAAAAGAUUGAAAAGAAACCGACGCACAGAACAGUAGUGACUAAAGAGGUGGGAGUAAAACAAUUUGGCAGAAAGGAAUUCCUCGUUGACAUUAAACCUAAAAAGCCGAUAGAGAAAGUGACUAAGAGGACGGUUGUAUCCACUGUAAUAAAUCUCUCUCCAAAGUCAAAGACACCGAAAAAAACUUCGCCUGCGCCAUCAAAACCGAAGCAACGUAAACCCAUUGAAAAUGGACAUCGUCCUCAAAGUGAGGAAGAAGAUAGCGAAAACGAGGAAGAUAUUAAAAUAAAGGAGAAGAAAUGUGUCUCAACUAAGAGUAUAAUUAUAAACAACACUGUUGCCGACCAGAGAGAGAUUAUUGUAGAUCUUCAAAGAUCGAAAUCCUCCCGAGAGGAAACGCCUGAUAAUGUUUGGCCAGUAACCGCAGAAGAAGAAUUUGGCAUUCCAAGAUAUCCAGAUCAGAUUUUAGAACCUGAAGAACCGUGUAGAAAACCGAAGCGUACCGUGGAUGUACCUUUGGUGGAGAGCGAAGACGUAACAGAAUUCAGCAGAAUCACGGAAAUUACGGAUGAAUCUCUCUUAACUGUUAACGAAAAGGUGAACAAAUUCACGGAGAAAAAAACGACGAAGAAGAUGGGUGGUCCAGCGCCUAAAGUUGAGAGACCUAUGCUUAUUGUCGAUGAAGAUUUAGCGGAAGACGAGUGCUUACUAAGUGUUACAGACAAAGUUAACAAAUUUAUAACUACCGCAGAGAAGUUAACAGAAAGGCCAAAAUCACCUAGGUGCCAAAACUUUAAUGAUUUAGAAGAGACAAAACACGUUUCAGAAAAGGUUACUCACUUCACUACAGACCAGAUUAAACCAAAACUUCAACCGACUAUGCCCAAAGUUCAGAGGCCUGAUUUGUCUGAUGUAGACGAAACACUAAGAACAGACGAUUGCCUCUUGAGCGUCUCCGACAAGGUCAGCAAGUUUAUUACAACCGCUGAAAAGUUGACUAAACCAGCAACCAGAGACAAGUCUCCGAAACCCGUUAGUCUGGAUGAUAUAACUACAACCGAAUGUGUUACCAUUGUUGAUGAAGAAAAUUACGAAACAAAAAUAAAAACUAAAGUGGUCAGAAAACCUAUAGAUGAUGAUGAUGAUACUCGUCGCUCACCUGUAAGGAAAGUGGAAGAAGAUGUCAGAAGAGUUUCACCUACAAGGAAAGUCGAAGAACCGCAGAGGGUUUCUCCAUCAAAGGAACGUUCUCCAGUAAGAAAAAUUGAUGAUACUAGAAAAUCAUCACUAAAGAAACCCAUAGAAGAAACGCCAAAAUCUUCGAGAAGGCCUUCUCAAGAGGAUAAAAUAAUAUUAAGCACCGUUGGUCGCUUACGCAGCACGGAAAGUAUUAAGAAGGCAAGGGCUUUGUUUGAGAACGUAGAAACUAAGGAUAAGCCAAAACAACGAGAUAUCAUAAGCAGACCAUCCGUAUUCGAAGCCCGUAAGUCCAUAAAAAAAGAUGAGGUUAAAUUGACAGACAUUGGUAUUGAAAAGGAAGAAUUAGACGAUGUGAGGCAAAAGUUGACUUUUGAUGAAGAAGAAGAUAUUCCCGGAUAUAUGAAGCAACUAGACAGAACACUCAGAGCUAAAAGUCCACAUCGUCCUGGAGUUAUUGAGAUGGAGGAAAUCGCUAAAGGACACAUCCAGCAAUAUCAUGAAGAAUCUAAAACCACUAAGUUUGGAGUAGUAUUGAAGAAAACAGAAACGGAAAAUACGGAAAGGAGGAGGAGCAGCAUCACCACUACGAUUAUGACGGUUGAAACUGACGAAAAAGAAUUGGAAAUCGAGGAAAUAUUUGAUUUAGAAAUAUUGGAAGCAAUGUUGAUCAAAGUCGUAAGCUACGAUAUAAGAAAAAGGAUUAGGACGCAAAUAAAGAUCGUCAAGAAUCUUAUUUCUGAGAAUAAAUUAAAAACAAAGAAUAUAUACGUGGUUGUCAAAGAGCGUUCUAAAUCACCGGAAAAAGUAAUCAGAGCAAAAUCACCGGAAAAGAUAUCCAGGGAAAAAUCUCCUGAUAAAGUGACAAAGGAAAAAUCUCCUGAGAAAUUUACAAGGGAAAAGUCUCCUGAAAAAGUUCCUAGGGGAAAGUCUCCUGAGAAAGUUACCAGAGAAAAGUCCCCCGUGAAAUUUACCAGGGAAAAGUCCCCUGAGAAAAUAAUCAGAGCAAAAUCUCCAGAGAAAAUGGUUAAAGAUAAGUCACCAACUAGAAAGAGCCCUGAAAGAAAGCCGAAGACAUUUACACCGGAAUUGAAAAGAACUACUAUUGCUCCUAAGGCUUCGGUAGAUGAUAAACCAGAAUGGGUAACGCAGAGAAAUCUGAAGAAAGUUAAUGAGAGACAAGUCACUAAUAAGAAGUCAACUGCGUCGACCUCAACUACAGUGGUGAAAAAGAGAACAUCCGUUAGCCCUGUCAAAGGGACGGAUGUGAUUACAUCGAGUUACGGCGUUGGGCCCACAGAUGAAAAUGGGGUACCGCUCUUCGGCUUGAAGGCUUUGAAAACACAGAGCAAGAACGAAAAUACUAAAGUUCAAGGCACGGUGAUGCACAGCACGUAUUAUUCUGAAAACGGCAACGAACCGGUGGGUGAGGUGAGCGUCACCAAGUACUCAACAGAUCCCGCAGAUUUGGGAUCCACCGAGGACUUAAAGAAUGCAGGAGAUGGUCUUAUCUCGAAGACGACGACCCAGAAGUUCGGAUAUAAGGAUACACCAAGCUACCGUAGUUUAACCGACAAGAAGAACAAGACGAUAACCGAUGAAUCGCGAACGGUGAAAGUGACGCGACGCGGAUCUGUCAAGGAGAUGUCGCAGAAGUUCUUGGAUAAUGCCGUGCAAACUUUGAAGGGCGAAAGGCAGUCAACCUACCCGAAGGCAGGGCUGAUCUUGCGCACGUCCAGCUUCAAAGAUACCAGCAGUUUAAGCAGCCGCGAGGCAUCUCCAAUCGAUGUUUCAGAGGACGAGGUCACCACGGUGAAAAGCAGCUCCACGUUCCUGACUAACACCUCAAAGGUGACCAACGUGCAAGACGUUAUUGGCAGGAUGAAGGCCGAAGAUUGCAGAGACGGCGAAAGCGCCGAAGACACAGAGGCCAGGAACCUCCUGAACAAGUUCCUCGGUUCCCAAGUGAUCCUGGCGGGCAUGGAAGGUGCGUCUUCGUCGAGGAAGACGACGUCUACCAGCGCCUCCACCACCACCAGCGCUUCCAAGAAAAUAACCAAAGUCACCACAACCGUAACCGAAAACGACACGCCCCACACCUCCACCAGAAGCUUCACGCAUCCUAUCGGGCAGGAAGUCUUGGACACCAUCUGGGAAGAGCAAACCUUAAAAUUACUCUUGGAGCAAAGCACGGAAUACGAAGAACGCCGCUUGAUCAGAUUGAGGUUGAAACAAGUGAUGGCAGAAAAAGAAGCAUGCGCGGAAGUCGUGGAGAAAACUCUGGAGGAGACCCGUGGAAACGUUGAGGGAAAAAUGGAGACGACCAAGAAAACCGUUACAACCACGGAAGGGCCGCACACAAAAACCCAAGUGACUACGCGCGUCACGACUACGCAACAGCAGAUGAAGAAGCCCGUAUCGGCGUUCGCGAAAUUCCGUCAAUUGGAUAAGCAGAACAGCCUGAAUACGCCGCCAAGUACCCCUAAGACUCCGACCAGCGGCGGGCCCCUCUUUAAAUUUACGGACCCGAAUUUGAGACAAAGCGCGAGUACCAUCAAGGAGAGGUUGCUCCAAUGGUGCCAGAUGAAAACUAAGGAAUACGAGAACAUAAAACUGGACAACUUUUCUACGAGCUGGGCAGAUGGGCUGGCGUUCUGCGCCUUAGUGCAUCACUUCCUUCCGGACGCUUUCGACUACCACCAACUCUCGCCGAACAAUCGCAGACACAAUUUCACACUCGCUUUCCAAAUCGCCGAUGAGAAAGCAGACAUCGCUCCACUGUUGGACGUCGAAGACAUGGUGGCGACCCGAAGGCCCGAUUGGAAAUGCGUUUUCACUUACGUCCAGUCCAUCUACAGACGAUUCAAGGACGAGGAUUAGAUGACUAUUUGUACUUUUUUUCCUGUAAAUUGAAAUUCGCAGUUUUCGUCUGAAUCGGGAA